CGAGCUGCCGCGGGCGUGCCGCGCACUGCAGCUCCGGCCACCGCGGCUAGUACGGCGCGCGCACUGCUGCCUCGCCUGGGCCAGGCCCCCCAAACAAAGACAAAGCGGCUGCCUGGGAGGCUCUACGGGAAUUGAAUUUACCUGCAGCUUCCGGGAACCCCAGGCUCCAAGAUGGUUUGCGGGGGCUUCGCGUGUUCCAAGAACUGCCUGUGCGCCCUCAACCUGGUCUACACCUUGGUCAGUCUGCUGCUAAUUGGAAUUGCUGCCUGGGGGAUUGGCUUCGGGCUGAUUUCCAGUCUCCGGGUGGUUGGUGUGGUCAUUGCAGUGGGCAUCUUCUUGUUCCUGAUUGCAUUAGUGGGGCUGAUUGGAGCUGUAAAACACCAUCAGGUGUUGCUGUUUUUUUACAUGAUUAUCCUCUUACUUGUAUUUAUUUUCCAGUUUUCUGUGUCUUGUGCUUGUUUAGCCCUGAACCAGGAUCAGCAGGGUCAGCUUCUGGAAGUUGGUUGGAAUAAUACAGCAAGUGCUCGAAAUGACAUCCAGAGAAAUUUAAACUGCUGUGGGUUCCGAAGUGUUAACCCAAAUGAGACCUGUUUGGCUAGCUGUGUUAAAAGCGGUCACCAGUGCUCACCAUGUGCUCCGAUAAUAGAAGAAUAUGCUGGAGAGGUUUUGAGAUUUGUUGGCGGCAUUGGUCUCUUCUUUAGUUUUACAGAGAUCUUGGGCGUUUGGCUGACCUACAGAUACAGGAACCAGAAAGAUCCUCGUGCUAAUCCUAGUGCAUUCCUUUGAUGGCAAAACAAGGAAAAUCAUUCAUUUUCUGAUCUUGUUCACCUUCUGUAACUUUUAAGUUAAGCUGAUUUGCCCGUUUAAUUGAGGAAACAAUAUCUGAAAAAUUACAUUAUUGACAGUGGAAUUAGAUAUUUUUACCCUUAGGUUUCACUAAAUGUUUUUCUUUUUUCAUUGUUGAAAAAAAAUUGAAACUUGCGGUCUCCUCCGACCCUCAGUGGUACCUGUAACCUACUGUAUUCACAGUGUCUGGCGCUGUCCACUGUGGCCUUUCUUAGCAUUUGUACCUGCAGAAAAACUUUGUAUGACACUAUCGUGUUGGUCAUAUUGUGAAUCUAAAUACACAUUUCACUGGAAUAAUUUUAUGUAGCACUGUGCUGUGUAGAUAGUUCCUACUGGAAAAAAGAGUUGAAGUUUAUUAAAGCCAGGAAGUAUGAGAUUCUGUUAUGUUAAAUUCAAUAAGGGAAAUCCAAAUUCCCAAUGUUUUUUGUCUUUUUAAGGAAAGAUGUGUUGUGGUGAAAUCAUUAAUAUGAAAGUGAUACUUUAGUUCUAGUAGUCUUUUAUGAUUCCUCUAGUGUAUUCUAGAAAUAACUAUGUCUUUAGUAAAGUGUUGGUUUAGUUUUGGGGCUUUUCCAGGUAAGUGCAAUGGAGAAGUAGCCUCAAGAAGCAUUCUAAUAUGUAGCAUUUACCUUCAGCCUUCAAAAUGGAACAAGCUUGCAUAAUUCAGAAAGUAUAUAUAACCUUGAUUGUUCUUUUAUAGUAAUUUGAAGUCCAAAAGACUGCUGUUUUAAACAUGUUAUUAUUAAUAUGUUCGCCCAUGUAGCAAAAAGAUAUUUGAUUAUCUUACGAAUGGUUAAAUACUUUUUUCAUGAAAUUUCUCAGUAUUGUCACAGCAACUUGUCAAAUCCAAGCAUAUUUGAAUGUGAUUGCUCAUAAUUUGAAAUAGUAUUGUAUAUUAUGUUAAAAAAUUAAAGAGUGGCAACGUUUAUGUACAAA